AUGGAGGAGGCUGAGGCGUUUGCUUACAUGCAGUCACAGCUACCGUCACACAGCGUAAGAGCCUUCCUGGCGACAGCAGGAAAAAUGAGAGGAGAAUUCCUCUCUCCCUGCAGGGUUGACAGCUCCCCACGUUCUAAGACAGUGCAAGGACCAAACCCAAUCCUCCGCCCUCCUCCUCCCAUCAGCCCAUCGCUGCCUCCAUCUGGCCCUGAUUAUAGUAAGAGUGGAACAGGCAUCACACCAUUACACCCUGAGGAGCGCAGAGAUGAUGCACUGCACAGGGCUUUGCAGGAGGACGGGAAGAAGGAGCAAGAACACAUCAGGAAAAUGGAGGCUCCUCAUGGAAACCCGAAAGUGACACUAAAGUAUUAA